CUUCUGGGGAUUUGCAAAAGCAGUCUUUGACUUUGCUACUGCAUGCGUCCUCCCUGUCUUUUGUCCUGAAUGUGAUGAGGGUCUUACGUGGUUGCAAGAAGUUGAGUGCAUAUAUGAAAUGAACAGAGACUGUAGCUCAAACCGACGCCGACGUGCUACAAAUGGGGAGAUCAUCCAAGGAGUGGUGAACAGUAACGUUGCCCUCAGGAACUACAUGAUCAUGUUGGAGGAAGUCUUUGGAGGACAGGAAAUGUUCAGUGUAUAUGACAAAAGCUGGGUGUCUUCCUUUAACCUUGCCCUGGCUGAUGAUAGUGCAGGAGGAGGCUCUCUCUCCCCAGUGAGAUCGCAUCCAUUGUUGCUUCAAUGAACUCCACGCAGGGGGUGAUUGUAGAGAAGUUCCUGCUCAGAUGGAACAAAACAAUGACAGCUUGGGAAGACGGAACACUCACUUCCCUUGGUCCUAAAGACAAUGUCAUUGCAUAUAAUGUCAUCAUGUCGAGAUUUCCGCAAUUUAAGACAGACACGGAAAAUGCCAAACAAAGAGGAUUUGACUCCAUAUUUGAUGACUUUGGAAAUGCAGUCAAUGCCUAUCAAGAAAACGUAAAGAAGGGUGGGAGCGAUGAUGGAGUGUGUGCCAAGGUUCGAGUACGUAUUGUGCAAGAAGUGGUCCUCACCCGAGAAGCUUUCACUGCUCGUUUAGAGAUAGAAAAUGGAGAACAAUCAGCCCUGGAUAGCAUUCGGGUCACUGUAAACAUAAGGGCAACAUAUGGCGCUGGAACAUCAGUUAAUGACAAAUUUUCAGUUGGAAACCCAACUUUGGUGGGUCUUACUGGAGUUGAUGGUACAGGCAGGCUGGAGACAGACGUGUCAGGUACAGCAGAAUGGCUGAUCAUCCCCUACUCCACAGCAGCAGUCAAGGAAGACACCCUCUAUGAUGUCGGCGGGACUCUUUCUUACACAGUUGAUGGCUCCAACUUCUCCAUCCCUCUCCUGCCAGAUACUAUCACAGUUAAACCAAAUCCCAGCCUCACCGUCAACUACUUCCAGGAGAAAUACGUCCAGGGUGAUGACCCCAUGACAAACGUGACGGAGCCAGUUGUUCCUUUCACACUGGCGGUCAUGGUCACCAAUGAAGCCUACGGUGUAGCCCGCCAGCUGAAGAUAACCUCCGCACAGCCAGAGAUCAUUGAAAAUGAGAAGGGAUUGUUAGUCUCUUUCAAGAUAAUUGGAGCGCAGCUGGAUGGAAAUCCUGUCAGCCCUUCUCUGUCUAUAGACUUUGGAGAUAUUGAAUCCUUCGAGACCAAGACUGCUCGCUGGUUUCUAACAUCAAGUCUAAUGGGGACAUUUUACAACUACACAGCUACGUUUGAGAACAUUAACCCCUUGGUGAUCCUCAGUUAUCCAUAAUGGAAGACCUUGGAUAUCACGAGUUGGUCCAUCUGGUGAGACUCGAGUCUACAAAUGACACAAGAGAUGACUUUCUGGUUAAUGAUAUCAUAGAUAAGGAUGAAAUGCCUGAUACGGUUUUUGACAGUUCAAAUGGACUUGAUUCGAUUCCAGUGAGUUCAUCUAAUGUUACGGCCUUCAGUUUACAAAGAACCGAGACUGUUAGAACCAGGACGUAUACUUACGUAGGCCUGACUGUUAUGAUGUCAUGGCGCCCCUCCACAAUCUAUGCCUACACUCGCCUGGUGAACAACGUGACAAGAGACAGUGUUACUGAAACACUCCUGCAGGUUACCAGAGAUGAUGGGAAGGAUGUCAUGGUAGGACCUAAUGCCUGGCAGACAUCCCACUACCAUGAUAAGUUUUAUUUACAUAUAUUUGACCACUACAAGAACAUUACUGAAUCAACCAAUAUCUCUUAUUCACUGGUAUUUGGGCCAAAAAAUAUGUACAAGCCAACAUUUACUAAGAUUAUUUACGAAAUAUUCGUUCGAUUUGGUCAGCCACCCGGUCCCAUUCUUGCAGUUGAAGCAACGGAUAAAGAUGUUGACACGCAAGUGCGCUACAGUCUUGACAGCUCAUCUGUGUUUGCUAUAGAUGAACUGUCUGGAGAAAUCCGAAACAUUGAACCCCUCACAAAUAUGCUGUAUGAAUUGACUGUGACAGUAACUGAUGAUGGUAUCCCCCUCGGUGAAGAGUUCAGCAAAGGUUGUGGUGAGGGCUGGCGUCAGCAGCAUGUCCUCAACACCAGUUUCGACUUCUACUGACGAAUCUUCAGUAACAGGAAUUUCAACCGGUAGAUCAACUUCCCAGGUUACAGGAGAAACAUCUGCUGGAACUGUACCGUCUCCCACCACGUCACCCAUCAGCCUUACAGCUUCGUCCACAGCAGCAGGUUCCGGUACGAACAACACAAUUGCUGUAGAUACAACCUCUCCAACUAUAGAUAUGGUUUCAUCAUCCACUUUCAACGACUCAUCUGUUUCCACUGGUACUACCGUGUCAACAUCCGGGGCAACAAACAACCUGUCCCGUGUUUGGACUUUGGUUGUAGCGGGAAUACUGAUGUAUACAACAUACUUAUCAUUGUGAACAUUUGAUUUGUCCCAUUUGUAUAUUAUAUUCGAGGGGAGUAUGUGAGCAUCCAUGUUAACUCUGAACGGCCUUUUAUAUUGCUUCUAAAGCCACUAGAUUUCUAUGAUGAACCUACCUAGAAAAUAAAGACUGCUGAUUUACCUUAGUUGUCAACGCCACUAUUGUCAGGAUUAGGUUCCUGUGUGGCUGUAGCUGCUACAUGUAUACACAGACUGUAUUAUAAGCACUUAAUUACAUGCACCGCCCUCAAUAAUAAUCAGAUGAUACAGGAAAUCGUGAAGCAUCUCAACAAACAGGCAUACCUUAUAUGAGUUAAAUCACAUGGGCUUUAUCAUCCUGCUGUACAAUAGGUAAGGUUUUUUUUAUUUACUUAUAUUGUUUUAUUUUUUUAAGAUACAUAAAAACCCCGAGCUUCUUAUAUUCAUAAUUAACCACAACUGUAGGUAAAUGUUUCAUAAAACAGCAACACUACGUCCUUCAAGGUUUUAACAAAAAGUCUCUAAACAACAGUUUGACUGUCAGAUUUAUCUCAUAUACAGUUCACUAACCUUUACUGGACACGUUUACUAACCUGUACAUAUAUUUUUUUAUUGCGAAUGGAAAUAUAUAUUUCUCUGCUUGAACUCAUUGUUGCUUGUGUCUGCUGAGUCGCGGUGGAGGUUUAAGAUGUUACAUUGUAUGAAUUGUCACUAUAAUAUCUUUGGUUUUAUGUAUCUUCUCUAAAUGCACAGACGUCAUAAUUUCAUUGUAUUCAAAUAAAAUGAAAACAAUUAUUGCUUUGACCCAUGAUGUAUGAUAUGAAUAAAUGUAUUUUUAGAAAUCUCCA